GGUCGCUUGCAGAAGACUCGGUGGCCGUUUUCUGUAAUCAGACUCCCAUCUCGACGACCUUGCAACCUAUCCCCUUCUCCUUUAUCACAGUCCAAUCAACCUUGCCAAUCACUCCCGAUAACGCCUCCUGAUCACAAGAGAUCCACUCCGGUGUGGUCGUAUCAGACAGAGGAAGAAUCGGUCCAUUCCAAGCCUCCUGCUCAAAGGACUCGGACCUAGACUGCUGCAACUACCUGGAUCACUUUGGUGUGCGUUUUCUUGCUUGCCCGUUCGCUCUCCUCUAAGAAGUCCUCAGCUGAUCUCGACCUCCCUUAUCGAACCCGAUGAGCGCCAACCAUAUCGAGGGCGGGGACAAUCUCUCCGAACCAACUUCGCAUCGUGCGUCGCUCGAUCCGGCACGAACACCUCGUACCAUGUCACCGCAUCAUGAUUCGGACGACUCCCUAGUAGAGGAGUCUUUGGCGGAUGACUUCGUCGCACAAACUCGACCCGUCAACGCACGAACGCCGUCGCCUCAACCGGCUCACGAUGACCUGAGCAGCAGUUGGCUCAGCCUCAGCGACCCUGGCUCUUCUACUUCGGGCUUCCCUUCCAGCGAUGACCACGAGGACGAUCUAGGCGGGCUUCGGCCGGAUAGCCCGGAGGGAGUCAGCCUGAACUUGAGUUCGAGCUGGAUCGACGCCGAAGCGAGGUCGACCUCCGAACAAGCUUCUCCACGAUCAGGACCUAGUAGCGAACGAGCACCCGGGUCUCACGGCCGUGACGAAGUUCACGGGGCACUUCCUGAGGGCCAUCUAAGUACCGACACUUUGCAUCGCGGCGAUCUCAUGUUACCAUCCUACGGUGAAGGACAGAAGGAAAUGUCGAGCAUCGAGAAGGUCACGGCCUGGGUCAAACCCGCCGAUCUUCACGGUACAAUCGGCUAUGAUCACGCUGAGCAGCACAAUGCCGAUCUGAUCUUUCCCACUCUGGACGCAUCCAUGCAAGGAACGGACAUGCAGGGGACGGACUCUUGCGAGACCAUCAAGCGCGCAACUCGCUUCAAUCGAUCCGCAUCCGAGUCGACUGUCAAGCUCAUGAGCAGUGACAAUAGAUCCGGAGACGCUCGGCAGUCCUUUCUGUCCGAUGUUACCGACCCUGAAGGAGGCUCCGAGUGUGGCCUCGACCACGACCUCGAGGGAAUCUCGGGGCAGCGAGAUGCCGUUUCCGCCUCCGAGGGAGAAGAGCUGGACGAGUGGGAUCUUGCCUCGAUCGAGCGAGAGCUCGGAGUCGGACGAGAUCAGACAGGAGGACGAGGUAUCCGAUAUCAAGCGGAACUCGGCCGCGAAGGCAGGCUUGGCCGAUACUCAGAGAGAGUCAACACCUCCGCUCGAGCCACAGACCGAAAGCACCUAAAGUCCAGGCAUAUAGAUUCGCACGAUGUCGGGCCAUCCCAGUCACAGAAGGAGAGAGAUCAAGCCGUGGGCAAAUUUUGGAUGGAGGAGGUUGGGAAACGCGCCGUCAGUCAGCCAGAGACUCGCGCAUGGGCGGAUGCCGUAUCCUUGAACAAUCGGUUCGAGGAGUCUUCACUCAAACGGCGUCGAUAUGAUCGACUCAGGAACAUUGCAUUCCUGGCCUUGCCCUUCAUCACGCUUGCCAUCGUUGCGAUGCUGACGCGGCCCUCCAUCGGCGCGAUCUCGCCUGCCGGACAUUCUAAAGCCCGUCACCCUGAGAGCCAUCCAGGCGGGAUCCGGCCCAAUGAACACCCUGCUCAACAAGCUGCAGAGUUUGAGGUUCAUGACGUUGGAAAGGUAGCCGGACAAGCUGCGGAAGUCAUACCAGCGGAGUUGAGGGUGAUGACACCCGACGCCAAGCCAUUCUUGAUCCAGGUCGAAGAGUCAAGUGGCAGUAGUGGACUUGCAUCCAUGAAGCAACGUACCCGAAAGGACAAAUUGGAUGCUGCCGCCAAACGAAUGGCGGACCAGUUCAGGCGCUUCGUGCCUACCCACUUUGCCGGAGGUGCUGUCAGCACCGAUCUCUGGUCGGCACAGCGGAUCUACCUUGGCAUACGUUCGAUCCGACUGGCUAUCCAUCGUGCUUCGGUGGCAUUGAUCGGUACAUUGGCAAAGAUCCCUAAGGGCGCUGCUGUAGCUCGUGCUCGCUUCAGUUACUGGAUCGCCCCUGCUUUGGACAGGACCACUUCGCUUGUGAUGAUCGACGGCAAAGACGCCUAUCAGUCCGCCCUCAUGGAAAUCCGUCAAGCCAUUCAACACCAUCGUAACAGCCUCGAUCGCGCCUACUCGAGGACCAAGAAGAAGGCAAGCAGAGUCGAGGAGGGGAUCGUUGAUUUGACGUUCAAGACAGGUGUUCGAGUGCGUCGCGCGAAUGCACUGUGGAAGGAUCAAGCUUCGCGCACGGUCGACUCGGUCCGACAGACACUUGACUUGCUACCCAAGCGAUUUGAGGUCACCAUUAGCGGACCCGCGCACCUAAUUCUAAGCAGAGCGCGGAACAUCUCGGAUGAAAUACGAUCCCGUAUAAUACGCCACCAUGAUCUGACCAAGGGACGUAAGAUGGCUUCCGCUUGUUCUCAGAAGAAGGAUGGAAGAUCGUGCAAGAAUGAAACGUCGGCUCUCGCCCAACAACAGCGACCGAAAGGCCGAUUCUCCUUUCGUCGCAAGCAUCAGCAAAGCGAAACGUCUCCUUGAACUGAAGUGAGUCCGGUCUGCCUCUACGGCACUGCAAGGGCUCGGCCUAAAUGAUCGUUGGCCCUACGAGGUGACGACGAAUCGCAACGCCAUUGUGGACCCCCGCCACAACGCUAACCAUUAUCGGCAUCCUCCGACCGAGCGAUCGAUCGAACUCUGGAUUAUGUAGCUCCUUUUCCACGGUUGUAUGAUCUGUUGCUCUUCCCACGCCUGAACCGCUCUCUAGCUAGUUUUCUGUUUGUUACUGUUUCCCUGUAUCGUUGAGCCUGUCUUAUCUCAUAAAUUAUUAUCGGUC